GUGUGUGUAUGAUACUCGACCACAAUAUGAGAUUGCAUCACACAUCUCUCUCAGUGGUUGCGUGUCUCACCCCGAGCCUACUCUUUGGCCAACUUUCUCGUUAGCCCUCUUGCAGAGAAGGGAAUGCAGAGAAAUGAGAAUUCAUUGGUUUACUCCAUCUGAGGCAGGUGACCCUGCCAAACGCAGAACCUCCGGUAGACAUUGCCAUCGGAAGCACGUUGAAGACGGGUAG